AUGGCGAGCCGCAACGACAACGAUUUGGCGAGGAUUAUUUCUGAAGCUGUUACGGUCGCUCUCCGCCAGACAAGUAACGAAAGAAAUGUAGCAGCGACUAGUACAUCAAACAACGAGACACGGGUAUGUAUUGUAGCACGGUAAUCAUUUACGUAUCCGAGAAUAUUUGCAUAUCCAACGCAGUGAAAUAUGUAAAUCAGUGAAUGUAUUAAAAUGGACCAAACCAGCUACAAAAACCCCCGCAAAUAUAUGGUCUGAUAAUUGGUCUAAUAAUGUUUUUCUUUGAUGAUAUCCCAUCAACUCUACUGUCUGUAAACCUUCUACAUCAGUUAAAUUGAUUAAUUCAGUAAAAUAUACCCAUAAGAACAUUAUAAUGUACCCCCCCCCCCCUGGUAAUAAGCCCCCGCUCAGAGAGCUACAAAUAGAAAUAAGCCCCCAUCCUCUAUAUUUACUUAAUUAAUAUAGAUUAAUAUACAGGCUGUGUCAGUUUAAAAUAUAUUGACACUUCAUAUAUAAAAAAGCUUGUCAAGUCCAAUAAUAAAUUCAGUGGUGGUUGCUAGGUGAGAGGGUGGUGUGUUGAUUGCACUGUGUAUUUCACCUCAAAUACCUGGCAAUGAAAUGGCCAGACAAGUAAUAAUUUGGUGUAAUAAUUUUAUCGAUUUUGUACUGGGAAUACAAUAGAUUCAAUGCAUAGCUUGCUAUCACUCAGUCUCUGGUGGAUUCAUCAUAACUUUAUGGUUUUCAGAGUCAUAAGACUUAGAGGGUGUUCAAUGAAUGAACAUUGAAAAAAUUUAAAUUGGUGCUAUAUGUUUUAAUAGGGAGAGGUAAUAGAGACAAACAUAAAUGAUGAAAAUGAAGUUGCUUCAAGUGUUAGGUAUGUAUGCUAUUUAAAGCAGAUUUGGGUAAAGAAAAAUUUGCUCUGUGGUAAUUCAGUUCCACAUGCUAUUAUUUGACUCUGUAAUACACAGGACAAUUUCACCUACAGUAUCAAGGGAAAACUUUGCAAGUUGUUAAUUGGUCAAAUAAAUUACUUACAACAUUUUUCUGUUUUUCAGUAUUCUAAACUAGUUAGUAAUUUUUAAUUUUGUGAUUGUGGAGUCAAAUUGCUUUGUUUUUUACAGUGCACCUCCUAUUGGCAGGCCAAGAAAGAGUAUAUCCAGGGAACAACUUGAAAGUCUGUUGUCUCUCCGGCUUCCAAUAAGUGAGGUAGCUUGGACACUUGGUGUGUCACGGCCAACUAUCUACACUUUUAUGAAGGAACACAAUAUUCCCUAUGAAGGACGAUUUACAGGUCACUCAGAAGAACAUCUACGGCAUGCUGUAACAGCAAUUAAACAAGAUUUUCCAAACUCUGGUGAGGUAAUGGUGCAGGGCCAUUUGCGAGCUUGCAGUAUUAAUGUGCAGAGGAGCAGAAUACGUGCAGUGAUUAGGGAUGUUGACCCUCAAGGUGUUCGAGCGAGACAGCGUUUGUGAAUUUGGCGUCGUGUGUAUUCUGUCCCAUGUCCAAAUUACCUAUGGCACGUAGACGGGAAUCACAAGUUAAUACGAUGGGGCUUUGUACUUCAGCAUGGAAUUGAUGGAUUUAGUCGUUUGGUUACAUUUGGCAAGUUUUCAACCAAUAAUCGUGCAGCAACUGUUCUGCAGGUUUUUCGGGGGGCUGUCGAAAGGUAUGGUCAUCCAGUUAAAAUACGCACUGAUCAUGGUGGCGAGAAUGUUGAAAUUUGGAGGUAUAUGGUUGAAACCCAUGGAGAAGACUCGCAUCCAGCCAUUGUAGGAAGUUCAGUUCACAACCAGCGAAUAGAACGCGACAACAGAGCAGUAAAUGAACAGCUCGUCAGUACGUUCAAAAUGACAUUUUACAGUUUAGAAAGGCAGGGAUUGCUAGACCCAUCCAACUGUACGGAUUUGUUCUGUCUUCAUUAUGUUUUCCUGCCACGAUUAAACAAGUCACUUAGUCAAUUUAUAGCUGCCCACAACAAUCACACUGUUUCUACAGAAGAGAACAAAUCACCUCUUCAAAUGUUUUGCCAGAACAGGCAUCUGACUGCUUUGCAUUCAGAAGAAAGGCACAAUCUAUUGCAAGGAAACAAUGUAUCUCGAUUCUUGGAAUCACCUGGUGACACCCCAUAUGUUGAAGUCAAUGAUGUUACAGAUGUUCUUGAUGAACAUGGUUUACAUCAACUUCAGCAAGUUGUAGACCCAUUAUCUGAUGAAGACAGUGAUACCUUGUACCGAAGAGCAAUUCAAUUUGUGGGUAAUUAUUUGACCAGUCAAGAAGAGAUAUAA